AUGUUUCCUCAGACGAUUGAGUACAAUACCUCAAUAAUUACGGGUGAUCAUCUCCCCACUAUCUCCAAUCCUCCCCGUGCUCCCAAGAUCAUCGACUGGGGCGACUAUCGCGAAGCAUUAGAUGGUCAUUUUGCACUCGCAAUGGAUAUGAACGUAAGACCCAACUGCCCCACGGAAGAAAACCGAUUCGACGUAUUCGGAAGCAUGCAAAAGGUUGUCGUGGAAGGAACAGAAUAUCUCUGGGAUCGAAGAUCUCGAACACAAUCUGCUGCUUUGCUGUGGAGGGCGAUGCAUGAUGGAACGGAGAUGGAGGGUUUAUCGGGAUCAAUACUUUGUCUAGGCGAGUUGACUGAUGAUGAUUGUCGGGCUGUUGCGCUGAAACACUUCGAGAUCCCAAUAUGUCCGCAGCACUUUGUGUGUGAUCAUUCUGCGCGUGGUGAUGUUUCAUGGUCUAGUCUUAAAGGUGGAUUUCUUCUUCCAGCGGAGAUUAGGAAGGCUCAGAUUCUAUGCGAUGGAGGUCAGUCGUCAGGUGUUCCAUUGGAAGAUCAGACUUGGGAUAUAGAAUGA